CAGCGAGCGCUGCGGAGUUCAUGCAACUUUAUGCGCCUCUCAUCUGCGUCUGGCUGGAGUUACAUCGUUGCGUCGGUCACGUCUGACCACUGUGACUCUCGUGCUUCUGCUCUUCUGCUUGUGUCACGGUGACGGACCGAUGCCGGGCAGUUUCUGGCGAGCGUAGGCCAUGCCAGCAGUGACGGACGUUCCGAGCGAAGAACCAACCUUCAUGACGGAGGAACUGGGCAACGGAGACGUGCCUGAGGGCGGCAAAGCGGUGGCCGACCUGUCCGACGACGACAUGCCUCCCCUCGAGGACUUGGCGGCCGACGGCUCCAACAAGGGCAAGAGGAUCGUCAUCGAAGACGAAGAGCCCAAAGCCGUCGACGAGGACGGCUGGCUGGACAUUCUAGGCAGCGGCCAACUCAAGAAGAAGGUGGUCCGAGCGGGGGAAGGUCGGGCUACGAGGCCGCAGAGGUCCCACUGGGUGGUGGUGAACCUGAAGGGAUCGCUGGACGAUGGCACCGUCUUCGAGGAACACACCGGCCUCAAGAUGAUCCUUGGAGAUCUGGAGACCGUUUCUGGUCUGGACAUCUCCAUUGCCCUGAUGGAGAAGAAGGAGCUCGCCGAAAUAGUGGUGCCCCCUAGGUUCGGAUACGGCGAGCUCGGCAGGAAGCCCGACGUGCCACCCAAUGCCACCCUCCAUUACCAAGUGGAGCUGCUGGACACGAUGGAGCCCAAGGAGGAGACGGACCUGCCCUUCCAUGAGCGCCAGUCCAUCGGGGACGCCAAGCGGGAGCGAGGGAACUUCUGGUACGGGCGCGGCGAGUUCUCCAAUGCGGCGCACUGCUACAGGAGGGCCUUGGAUUUCCUGGACGACAUGGGGCUGAACCUGUCGGAGUCGCCGCCCGAGCUGCAGCUGCUGCUGGACACUCGACUCAAGGUCUACAACAACCUGGCGGCCGCACAGAUAAAGAUGGAAGCCUACGAAGCUGCCCUCAAGUCUGUGGACUUCGUCCUGAGGAUCCAGCCGGGCAACGUGAAGGCGCUCUACCGGAAGGGCAAGGUCCUGGCGUGCCGAGGCAACGUCUCGGAGGCCGUGGCUGUCCUCGAGAGGGCCCUCAAGCUGGAGCCCGAGAGCAAGGUAAUCCAGCAGGAGCUGGGGCGGCUGUCUGCCAAGAAGCAGCGGGAGGACCGUGCAGAGAAGGCCAUGUACAGGCGCAUGUUCGGAGCCCAGGGGACUCCCCGGCCCCAAACCCCUCGUCCCACACAGGGCCGGACCUGGACUUGGCUGGCCGGCGGUCUGGUGGCCGUGGCCGCGCUGGGCGUGGCGGCCUACCGCCACGUGGCCAUUGUGUGACCUCCGUUCCCGGCAGCGUCGUCGACACCUGGUCCUGCCAAAGAGUCCGCGGAUUCCGAUGCCCCGUCGGCUUCGUCGCUCCGACAGUCGCGACUGCCCCGGGCGUGCCCCGAUUUGUUCCGUUUUUAGGAGUCUGCGUCGCCCUGGGUUGGCUUUCUUCAAAUUUCUUCGUAUCGGUUUCUGUUUGGAUCUUCGUUUAGAGCGGGGCACUUCCCGAAGCUCUCGGCGGCCCCAAGUUGUUGUAGGGACGAUUUUUUGUUGUUUUCCUCGAGGGAGUCGCGUUUUGGGCUGGGUCAAGUCGCUGCAAUUCGUCGCGUUUUGCGAGCGACGCGGGCAUUGCAAUUGGCGUCGACAUCGUGAAACUCCGCGGGCGGCUCGCAAAGUUGGGCCAGUUUUCUGAAUGCUCGGGGUCGCUGCGGACGCCAUCACCUCAGUGCCUAACGUGGGGACCACCUUUCGCAUUGCGUCAUGCCGUCGCGUUGCAUCUCCAUACGUACGUCAGUUGCAGGCGUGUUUGCCGUCGGGUACGGGCCAACGUCGGCCCCGUCUCUCGUGGGUUUCGGGGCUGGCCGAGGCUCGCCGUUUCGUGGCGUGGUUGUGCGGGUUUCGGACGACGAAUCAAUAUAAAAGUUCACCCCGUCUCUAGGCUAUGCAUUCCAUGGCAGCGGCCAUUGCUUCUGCACGUGGCGGCUGCCAGUCUGCUUUGGAAGCUCAGGGUUACCUUUUCCGUUUUGUCUGACGCUCGUUUGUUGGAAAGGCUCGAUGGAUGUUAGGAGUUGGUAGGUGGGUACCCUGCAUACCUGUCUGUGCAGAACUCUGUGUGGAGUAUUUGCAUAACUAUAGGAGUGCUUUUCUUCAAUAAUAAAAGUGUGCCGCCCCCA